UUACAACCGCAAACAUCAUCUGCACAUUUUGAACUGCGUAGCAUUGGGCACAUCUUGCGUCGUUGCCGCUACAAGCAAGCUAAUUCCGACAUGGCAGAUGUUUUAACCCUGGACGAGGAACCGAGGCAAGACGACUCCACUGCGUCUGUGAAAUCCGAAAACGACGAGACCUCCGAGGAGACACCCAACGGCGUGAAAACAGACACUGAUGAAACCAAGCCUCCAAAGGAGAAGCAGGAUGGUAAAGAGAAGUCCUCCGGCAGCAGGAGAGGAAACCGUUACCAUCCAUACAAAGACAAACAUGCUGCAGAGAAGAAGGGUGCACACAGAAACCGCGUGUUUAUUAGCAACAUCCCUUAUGAUAUGAAGUGGCAGGCCAUCAAAGACCUGAUGAGAGAGAAAGUUGGUGAGGUUACAUACGUGGAGCUCUUUAAGGAUGCAGAAGGAAAGUCAAGGGGCUGUGGUGUGGUGGAAUUCAAAGAUGAGGAGUUUGUGAAGAAAGCAGUGACGUCAAUGAAUAAACAUGACCUGAAUGGAAGACCACUCACCAUCAAAGAGGACCCUGAUGGGGAACACGCAAGGCGUGUGCUGCAACGCAUGGGUGGAACUCAACGUGGAGGCCGGGGGCAGGAAAUGGGCAGCGGUGGAAUGAACCUGCCGCCAUCGAUUGUCAACAAUCCCAACAUCCAACCAGAUGUCAUCCAUGCCCUACAGGCGGGGCGAUUGGGCAACACCGUGUUUGUAGCCAACCUGGAUUUCAAGGUUGGCUGGAAGAAGUUGAAGGAGGUUUUUGGCAUGGCCGGCACAGUGAAACGAGCAGACAUCAAAGAAGACAAAGAGGGCAAGAGCCGCGGGAUGGGAACGGUGACUUUUGAGCAGUCACUGGAGGCCGUGCAGGCCAUAUCCAUGUUUAACGGACAAAUGCUUUUUGACCGACAGAUGCACGUGAAAAUGGACGAUAAAUCUCUACCACCUGAUGAUUUCCGUCAAGUAGAGAAAUCGCCUCAGUUACCAAGGGGUCUCAGUGGUAUUGGUAUGGGACUGGGUCCAGGCGGUCAACCCAUAAACGCCAAUCGUAUGGGUGGUGGUGGCAGCAUGGGAUCCAUGGGUCCUGGAGGCAUGGACGCUGCAGGUUAUGGUGGCAUGAACAGGAUGGGAGGAGGUAUGGGCGGUGCUGGUUUCGGCGGCAUGGAUAAUGUUGGCAACAUGGGCAACUUUGGAGGGAGAGACAUGACGCAUGUGGGCAGGAUGAAUGACAUGUACCGGUCAGGAAUGGGAGGAAUGGACCGGGAGUUUGGCCACAACGACAUGCCAGUAAACAGAGGGUUUGGAGAUUCUUUCAGUGGGAUGAGUGGAGGUUAUGGUGGUGGCGGUGGCGGCGGCGGCAUGGGGCACAUGGGAAGUGGAAUAGGUAGUGGAAUGGGGAAUAUGUCAAUGGACCGAAUGGGCUCCAACUUUGACCGUAUGGGAAUGUCAGGAAUGGACAUGAACCGCGGCUUUGGCUACGGAGGUGGAGCACAGAGUCACAUGGGCGGAGGUCUGUCUGACCGAGGCUCUGGGUCCAAAGCCGGCUGUCAGAUCUUUGUGAGAAUGCUCUCCUAUGACCUGACGUGGCAGAAGCUGAAGGAGAAGUUCAGUCACUGUGGUCAGGUGAUGUUUGCAGAGAUCAAGAUGGAGAACGGGAAGUCCAAGGGCUGUGGGACAGUGAGGUUCGAUUCCCAAGAGAGUGCAGAGAAGGCCUGCAGGAUGAUGAACGGAACCAAGAUCAACGGCCGGGAGGUAGACGUGCGCAUCGAUCGCAACAACUAGAGUUUUUCUUAGGAUCGGACACAAUUCCAUAUCCCGUCCUUAUUUUUGCCACCUCUGAGUUUGUUUUGUUUUAAAAACACAAAAUACUUUACAUCGCCAUGUUUAAAGAUCAUGGGUUUUCUUGGUUAUGUACACAGUACUUUAUAGUUAUGUUAUGGGGUUUUUUUUUUGUAAACACUUUUCAAUUUGUCGGGCAGUUUAUUUGUACAAAUAAACUUUUUAAUUUUUAA